CCAGAGAAUGUUUGGCGGGUCAGAAGAUUUUAGUAGGCCUUGGUCAGACUAUGUGAAGGGUUUCGGGGAUUUGUUGCAAGAAUUUUGGCUAGGGAGUGAAAUUCUUCACUUGUUAACGACAAGCGGCAACAGUGUAUUGCGAGUAGACAUGGUUGAUCAUAACGGGAGAACUACUUACGCUGAAUACAGUACCUUCUUGGUUGCAAAUGCCAGCACCAACUACACAAUUACAGCAUAUGGUUACUCAGGAACGGCAGGUGAUGGCGAAGGAGCUACCUGGGACACAUGGACUCAAAUAACUAAAUAUUUGAUAAGAUCAGAAAUGAAGGUCAGGAGAGACAAAUAAUUGACCAAAUGGAAAAGGGAGACAGUGGUUGG